GACUAAGAGGAGUGAUUAAGCAAUCAAGAGUACAUUAGACCCUAGCUGCAAAGUAAAAGCAGCCAUGAGUAGCCCAUGUGAUCAUCCAUAUAUCAUAUUAUCGCAUUUAUCGCCAUGAAUUCUGGGUACAGAAUUUUUAUUAAGAAAAGCCAUAUUCUGCUUAGGAAAUACAAAUGGAGUUGGAUGCCAUUAUUAUCAAAGUACGAUAGAAAUAUGGACGAGUCGUUUUCCUUUUUAAAAAAUAUGUGAAUAAAGUUUGCACAGUAUUUGAUAACUGUACUAUAAAAGAAAAGGAAAAAAAAAGUAAGCAAUUUUAAGAGGAGGGAACAGUGUCAGCUUGCCAAACACUGUAAACUUGUAUAUGGAGGUAGAGGAUUGAGGGGGCGUACUGGACGAGUGAAAGGGAGGUGAACCCACUUCAAUUACAGCAGAAAUACGAUAAAGAGUAAAAUAACGGUAGCAGUUUUGAGACUUGUUUCCAGGUUUACGUGAAAAUGGUCAUUUUGAUUCAUGGUAUAAUAGUAUAGGGUGGAGAGAAAAGGGGAGGUGGUGGUUGGGUGCUGAUUCUAAAGGGAUAGAUGAGACUGGGGGGGAACAUUCUGAGCUUGGCCUUUUGUUUCUCAAAGUUUUUAUUUUAAUGGUGCUCUUACUCUGUAUUUGCACUGUCUUGCCCCCAUUGAAUCUUGAUUCUUUGUACGGAGCAAAGGUUUUUGUUCAUUUGAUUGCCAUGAUUUACUGGAAAGUUUAGCACCUUCUUGUUUUAGUUGCACUAACAUUUCAGAAAUCAAUCGUGUUGGUUGCAUUGCUGGCCUGUUCACGUGUGUGUGUCUCUCCAACUCCACUGGUGAAAGAUGAUUUUACUGUUUGUCAAGUUUUGGAUAUUUGAACCCCAUAAUAGCACUCUAUUCCGACUUCAUUUAGAGGUGUAAGUGGUUGAACUGUGGGUUGUUGAGAUAUAACGAAUAAAGUUGAAAGUUUGGAGUUGAGAAGAUCUUUUGCCGACCAAGAUGAAGUUUAUGAAGCUUGGCUCCAAGCCUGAUCAGUUCGAGACUGAUGGGGACAAUAUUAGGUAUGUGGCAACUGAGCUGUCAACUGAUAUAAUCAUCAAUGUUGGGAGUGUCAAAUUUUAUCUGCACAAGUUCCCUCUCCUGUCCAAGAGUUCUCGCCUGCAGAAGCUCAUUGCUAGUACAAUUGAUGAAAACAAUGAUACAAUUGACAUCCAUGAUAUGCCCGGUGGACCUGCUGCCUUCGAAAUAUGUGCUAAGUUCUGUUAUGGAAUGAUAGUAACUCUCAAUGCAUACAAUGUGGUUGCAGCACGUUGUGCGGCAGAGUAUCUUGAAAUGUACGAAACAGUGGAGAAAGGAAAUCUCAUAUACAAAAUUGACGUCUUUUUAACCUCUAGCAUUUUCCGAAGCUGGAAAGAUUCUAUCGUUGUUCUACAAACAACAAAAUCUCUGAUUCCGUGGUCGGAGGAAUUGAAGGUUGUCAGCCACUGCGUUGAUUCUAUAGCUACUAAAGCUUCUAUUGAUCCUUCAAAGGUUGAGUGGUCAUACACGUAUAGUCGCAAAAAACUCCCAUCUGAGAAUGGAAAUGAAUCACAUUGGAAUGGUGUGAAAAAACAACAGAUGGUGCCGAAGGACUGGUGGGUAGAAGACCUUUGUGAGCUUCAAAUUGAUUUAUAUAAACAGGUAAUAACGACAAUGAAAACAAAAGAAAGAAUGUCUGCAGAUGUCAUAGGAGAAUCUUUGAAAGCAUAUGCUUUAAGAAGGCUGCCAGGUUUCAUUACAGGUACAAUACAAGGAGAUGAUUUUGCUAAAUGCCGGUGCAUGGUAGAUACCAUAAGUUGGUUAUUGCCUGCCGAGAGAAAUAGUGUUUCAUGUAGUUUCUUGCUCAAGUUAUUACAAGCAUCUAUAGCAUUAGAAUGUGGAGAGAUGGGAAGAAAAGAAAUCAUGCAAAGGAUUGCAGAACAGCUGGAUGAGGCUACGGAUUGUGAUCUUUUGUUCCAUUCUCCAACUGGUGAAACAGCGCUGUAUAACAUAGAUAUAGUACACGACUUAGUCAAGCAGUUUGUGAUGAAACAUGGUGCUCGGAUUGAUGGUUCUUGUGGUAAUGAAUUUCAAGAAAUAUGCACUAAAUUUACUUCAGCAGAUUCCAAGAUUAAGGUGGCUAGGUUGGUUGAUGAUUAUCUUGCUCAAGCUGCAAGAGAUUCCAGUUUACCAUUGUCAAAAUUUGUGGAUUUAGCAGAACUUGUUUCUGGCUUUCCAAGACCAACCCAUGAUAGUAUUUACCGUGCUAUUGACAUGUUCCUGAAGGAACAUCCUAGUCUGAGCAAGAGUGAGAAGAAGAGGAUUUGCAGAUUAAUGGAUUGCAAGAAGCUCUCUGCUGAAGCCUGCACCCAUGCUGUACAAAACGAGAGGCUCCCAUUACGGGUCAUUGUGCAGGUUCUUUUCUUCGAGCAAACUCGAGCGACAGCAUCCUCUGGCAGUUGUAGCACAACCGACCUACACGGGUCCAUCAGAGCCUUACUCCCGGGUGGGUCUCAUGGGAGUUCCAGGUCAGCAACUACCAACACAGACGAGGAUUGGGAUACUGCCCAAAGCAGCGAGGAGCUCAAGGCUUUAAAGGGGAAACUUUCUUCUUUAAGGUUGGAGAACAAAGGAGGGGGUGGCAAUGAAAAUAGUUCAAAUGAUGCAAAACCAAACGCAGAAAAAGUUGCUACCAGUAAAGUUAAGAAGAUCUUCUCGAAACUCUGGUCGAACAAGGACAGACAAGACGAGAUCAGCAGCUCGGAUACAUCUGAGAGCCCGGCUUCUACAAAUGCAGAAGAGAGUAGGUCCACCCCUUCGAGAAGUAGGAGGCAUUCCUCAUCUUAAACUAAUUGCUUAGAAGUAUAGGGAAUCUUUUAACUUGUAAAAUGGUUCAUUUGAUUUGCCUUAGGAUGUUAGAACCGAAGUCUGUCAAAAGUUUUAUGGCAAAGAUUUGUUUCAUUUUGCUUUCUGAAAAGAGAAAUGUAGGUUCUUAGUGGUUUUCUAGAGCUUUUAAAUCUCAGAUAUGGCGUUUGAAUGCUAAGUUUUUACCUUUAUAAUUUCUUGCAGUAGUAGUUUAAACUUGUUAGAUUAUGCAAGACAUAAUAAAUGAC